GGGCCCGUUAGGAGGAAGCCGGCCCCAGUCCCGCCGCCCAGCCCGAGGAGGAGAAAGUCCCUGCCUCCCUGCUCCUGCCGCCAACUCGCCCCACUUCGCCGCCACCAUGCCCAAAACGAUCAGCGUCCGAGUGACCACCAUGGAUGCGGAACUGGAGUUCGCCAUCCAGCCCAACACCACGGGGAAGCAGCUGUUCGACCAGGUUGUGAAGACCAUCGGCCUGAGGGAGGUGUGGUUCUUCGGUCUGCAGUACCAAGACACGAAGGGCUUUUCCACCUGGCUGAAGCUGAACAAGAAGGUGACCGCCCAGGACGUGCGGAAGGAGAGCCCCCUGCUCUUCAAGUUUCGGGCCAAGUUCUACCCCGAGGAUGUGUCCGAGGAGCUGAUCCAGGACAUCACCCAGCGCCUGUUCUUCCUGCAAGUGAAGGAGGGCAUCCUCAGUGACGACAUCUACUGCCCACCCGAGACUGCCGUGCUGCUGGCCUCCUACGCCGUGCAGUCCAAGUACGGGGACUUCAGCAAGGAGGUGCACAAGGCUGGCUACCUGGCCGGAGACAAGCUGCUCCCGCAGAGGGUCCUGGAGCAGCACAAGCUGAACAAGGACCAGUGGGAGGAGAGGAUCCAGGUGUGGCACGAGGAACACCGCGGCAUGCUCAGGGAAGACGCUGUCUUGGAAUACCUGAAGAUCGCUCAGGACCUGGAGAUGUAUGGCGUCAACUACUUCAGCAUCAAGAACAAGAAAGGCUCUGAGCUGUGGCUUGGGGUGGAUGCCUUGGGCCUGAACAUCUACGAGCAGAAUGACCGGCUGACUCCCAAGAUCGGGUUUCCCUGGAGUGAGAUCCGGAACAUCUCCUUCAAUGACAAGAAGUUCGUCAUCAAGCCCAUUGACAAGAAAGCACCAGACUUUGUGUUCUACGCCCCGCGGCUGCGGAUCAACAAGCGUAUCCUGGCGCUGUGCAUGGGCAACCACGAGCUGUACAUGCGUCGGCGCAAGCCGGACACCAUCGAGGUGCAGCAGAUGAAGGCCCAGGCCCGGGAGGAGAAGCACCAGAAGCAAAUGGAGAGGGCCCUGCUGGAAAAUGAGAAGAAGAAGCGGGAGCUGGCAGAGAAGGAAAAGGAGAAGAUCGAGCGGGAGAAGGAGGAGCUGAUGGAACGCCUCCGGCAGAUUGAGGAGCAGACCAAGAAGGCUCAGCUCGAGCUGGAGGAGCAGACCCGCCGGGCCCUGGAGCUAGAGCAGGAGAGGAAGCGCGCCCAGGACGAGGCUGAGAAGCUGGCCAGGGAGCGCCAGGAGGCGGAGGAGGCCAAGGAAGCCUUGCUUCGAGCCUCUCGGGACCAGAAGAAGACGCAGGAGCAGCUGGCCUCCGAGAUGGCAGAGCUGACGUCACGCAUUUCCCAGCUGGAGGCGGCUCGGCAGAAGAAAGAGAGCGAGGCCGAGCAGUGGCAGCAGAAGGCUCAGAUGGUGCAGGCAGACCUGGAGAAGACACGGGAGGAGCUGAAGAGCGCCACGAGCACGCCGCACGUGACGGAGCCCAUGCAGUCCGAGAACGAGCACGACGACGAGCAGGACGAGAACGCGGCUGAGGCCAGCGCGGAGCUGCGGGCCCACGCCACCGCCAAGGACCGCAGCGAGGAGGACCGCACCACCGAGGCCGAGAAGAACGAGCGCGUCCAGAAGCACCUCAAGGCGCUGACGUCGGAGCUGGCCAACGCCCGGGACGAAACGAAGAAGACGGCCAACGACAUGAUCCACGCGGAGAACAUGCGGCUCGGGCGCGACAAGUACAAGACCCUGCGCCAGAUCCGCCAGGGCAACACCAAGCAGCGCAUCGACGAGUUCGAAUCCAUGUAACCGCCCCUGUCCCCCCCGCCCUCGAGCUUCCCACCCUCCCGCAGCUGUGCCCCCCCCCCCCCGCCCACCGCCCAACCACCAACCCAGAGAAACCCCUGCCCGCCCACGUCCCCCGCUCUGGUCCCAGCAGGGGCGGGGGGAGCCAGGUUUACUGGUGCAAGGGGCACGGCCUGGGGGGGACGACGGUCUCCCUGCCCAUCUAUGCAAGCCAUCCUGGGCGUGGGGGACGUGGGUGGCCGGGGAUGGGGCAUUUCAGUGUUAGCACCAGAUGGCAGUAUUUCCCAAGGACCGGGCCCACCCUCCUGCAAAGUGCCUGGGGCGGCCGGGUCUACCCAAGCCGUCCACCUGUCCGAGGAGGAGCCGGCGGCUGCCGAGCUCUGCCCUCGUGCCUGCCCGUCUUUCGUUCCCCAAAGUCGGAGGCCGCUCCGGGGGAGCCGACUCCCCGCCCCCCCGCCCCUCACACCCCUCACCAGUAUUAUCUCUGUAUCCCAACGUCACCUAACCCAAUGUGGAUCUCUGCCUUCUAGCUAUGCACAACUAGGAAACCGUAGUCAGUGGGGCAGGAUAUUUUCUUUCCUACCCUGACCGGCCCCCGCCCCACCCCUUCCCACACCUGGUCUCUUCCUCCUCCUUGCCCCGGGGGAUGUGUACGCUGUAUUAUAAAGAGGAUAUUUUGCGAGAAAAUUAAUGUAAGGAGCUUUCAGUGUUAGUGAUUUCGACAUCACUAUAGGUCAUUCUAGUUACAUUUUUUUUUUUUUUAUUUGUCUCAAGGCAUCCCCUUCCGAGGGCUCUGCCUGGGCCAGCUGCCCCUCCGGGUUGGUUUAUUGCUGUAAAUUAUAUUGACACUCUAUGUGUGACCAGUCUUUCCCUCUUCAUCUCUGGGUGACCUCAGGACCUUAGCCAAGACCUCAUCCCCCGGUGCACUCUAGAGAGGAAGAAUUUAGAUUUUUUUUUUUGGUUCAUUUUGUCUGGAGGGGUUUAUCAUUUCAUGUGCCAAUAAAGUUUAGACAAACCACUUC